CGGCGGAGUGCCGUACGCCGCAGCAUUGUUUGGCCAUCGUACCCGAAAAUGGCGGCCGUGUUGGACGAAGUCGGCAAGUCCGCCGAGAAACUCGUCAACGAGGAGAAGGACGAGAUCGUCGACGGGGAGGACAAGUCCGGGGCGGCCGAGGCCUCGAAGAAGAAGAAGAAGAAGAAAAAGAAGAAGAAGGCCGGUGCUGGAGAGGCUAGUGCAGAUGUGCCAGAAGGAGAAGAAGAUAAGGCCAAGGAUGACGAGGCAGUGGCCGAAGGCGCCGCAGAGGUGACCGAGAACAGUGGCGAGAGCGAGGAGGCCAAGAAGAAGAAGAAGAAGAAGCGCAAACCCAAGGAUAAGGGCGGUGUUAAACAGCAAACGGACCCGCCGAGCAUUCCCGUGUCGGAAUUGUUCCCGGACGGCAAUUUCCCGGUGGGGCAGGUGAUGAUUCACGGGUCCGCCGGGAUAGACGACAGGAUGGCGAAGAUGCGCUUCAGCAGCGAGGAGGCGCGCGCCCUCGACAGAAUGCACAAUGACAUUUACAAUGAGGCCAGACAGGCGGCCGAGGCGCAUCGACAGACCAGAAAGCAUAUCAUGAAAUGGAUCAAACCGGGAAUGACCAUGAUAGAGAUCUGCAACGAGCUGGAGGAGACCGCUCGGAAAUUGAUCGGGGAGGACGGCCUGCUGGCCGGACUGGCGUUCCCGACCGGCUGCUCCCGCAACCAUUGCGCGGCCCACUACACCCCGAACGCCGGCGAUCCGACGGUUCUCGAGUACGACGACGUCACCAAGAUCGACUUCGGUACUCACAUCAACGGACGUAUCAUCGAUUGCGCGUUCACGUUGACGUUCAAUCCCAAGUACGACAAGCUGAUCGAGGCUGUCCGCGACGCCACCAAUACCGGUAUCAAGGCCGCCGGUAUCGACGUGCAGUUGUGCGACGUCGGUGCAGCUAUUCAGGAAGUUAUGGAAUCGUACGAGGUGGAACUGGACGGCAAAACGUAUCCGGUGAAAUCAAUUAGGAAUCUGAAUGGUCACUCGAUCUCGCCCUAUCGCAUACACGCCGGGAAAACUGUACCGAUAGUCAGAGGCGGCGAGGCCAUCCGGAUGGAGGAAAACGAGUUCUACGCGAUCGAAACCUUCGGGUCUACCGGUAGAGGCGUGGUUCACGAUGACAUGGAAUGUUCGCAUUACAUGAAGAGCUUCGACGCCGGUUUCGUGCCAUUGAGACUGCAAAGCAGCAAGUCCCUUCUCAAUACUAUCAACAAGCAUUUUGGUACUCUGGCUUUUUGUAAACGCUGGUUGGACCGCGUCGGUUGCACAAAGUACCAAAUGGCGCUGAAGGAUCUCUGCGAGAAAGGCGCCGUGGAAGCGUAUCCGCCGUUGGUCGACGUCAAAGGCUGUUACACCGCUCAGUUCGAGCACACCCUCGUCCUGCGUCCUACAUGUAAAGAAGUAAUUUCCCGCGGUGACGAUUAUUAAAUCGGCCGUUGUUUUAUGUGAAUUAUUAUCGGAUGUCAAGAUGUAUUUUAAUCUCGAUGUAACAUCGCUGUGUCGAAGCGUCGUAUCCCGCGAUGCGACCAAGGUGAUCAUUAUAUUGUAAUACGUUAGCAACGUGGCAUUUCUGAGUGUGAUGUACUAUCCGUGACCUCAUUCUUUUUCUCAAUCGUAAAGAGGUGUUGCAGCGACAAUGUGAUUUUUAACCGAUGACAUACGUACCGGUAACAUAUUAUACAUCAGGUGUUUCGUGUGUCGUUUAAGGACACGUCUCCUUUUCUCUUUUCAUCCCCACAGGCGUACACAUUUCGAGAAGAGGGUCUAUAUUCGCUGUUAUAUUUCCUGUAACGUUUUUUUGUUUUAUUAAUGGUUUCUUACACGUUGGAGUGGAAAUGAUGGGGGGGGUUGAUGUUUAGUGUUGAAUAAAAUAUAUUUGGAAUCCGAGAUUUUAUCAUUGCGAUGAUCUCUUAAGGUCCUGAAUAUCGUGAUUAAGUUUAUGUUAAAACGUAGAGUUUAGCCUACACAUACAUGUGACAACUGUACAAAAGAAAAGAAAAAAAGAAACGAAAGUAUCCUCUCCAUCUGUGGCUCCUCUAUUGGUUGGGUGAUAUCUCCUUGCGCACUUAAGCGCGAGUUAUAUAUUAUAAGAUUUUCAUGGAUCAGUUGGUAAAUUAAAGUUGUAACAAAC